CUUAGUUUAACAUUCCCGAUGAACUGGUCUGCAAUCAGGCGAGGUGUCUGAUCAGUUUAACAUAGCUAGCUCUCAUGACCACUAUGACAAAACAAUCUUUUUAGGACUGAUAACGGUAGUUUAGGUGUAGCUGUGAGUUAACUACCGUGUAUGGGUCAGAAUGGCGUUCUUGGAUAAACCUUCAGCGGGGAAGCAGGUCCUAGAUGACACCGUUGCGCUGACAGCAGUGAUAGAAGCCAGUCAGAGCCUGCAGUCCCACACGGAGUACAUUAUCAGGGUGCAGAGGGGUGUCUCAACAGAAAACAGCUGGCAGGUCAUCAGGAGAUACAGUGAUUUUGAUAUGCUGAACAACAGUUUACUGAUUUCUGGCCUCAAUCUUCCCCUUCCACCUAAAAAACUGAUAGGGAACAUGGACAGAGAGUUCAUUGCAGAGCGACAGAAGGGGCUUCAGGCGUACCUGAACUUUAUUACUGGUCACCACAUCCUUUCCAGUUGUGAACUGGUCAAAAAGUUCCUUGACACUACCAAUUACUCAGCAAACUACACAGAGAUAGCCUUGCAGCAGGUUUCCAUGUUCUUCAGAUCAGAUCCAAAGUGGGAAGUUGUCGAACCAUUAAAGGAUAUUGGCUGGAGGAUACGAAAGAAAUACUUCUUAAUCAAAAACAAAGAUCAACCCAAGGAGCGACAAGUGUUAAGUUGGGUUGAUUUGGGUCCUGACAAGUUCCUGUCAGACAAAGACCUGCAGUCUGUAAUGAAGCUGCUACCAACGUUUUCUAGUCCAUACAUCUACCCAGUGACAUUUGCCACUACAAAUGAAUCCUCUGCUCUAGUGAUAAGGAUGUUCAGUGAGAAAGGCACUCUUAGAGAUCAUAUCUGCAAGGUGAAACCCAAAGAGCCUUUCUUGAAGAAAUACUGCAACCCCAAGAAGAUCCAGGGCCUGGAGCCCCAGCAGAUCAGGACAUAUGGACGGCAGAUUCUGGAGGCACUGAAGUUUCUCCAUGACAAGGGAUUCCCUUAUGGGCAUCUCCAUGCCUCCAACAUUUUGGUGGAAGACAACACAUGCAAGCUGCUGGAUAUAGAGAACUCCUUAUUAGGACUGCCCUCAUAUUACCGGCCCUACCUAACACAGUUCAGGAAAAUUAAUACAACAGAGAGCAUUGAUGUGUACUCUUUUGGUCAUUUGUUGUAUGAAAUGACGUACGGCAGGCCACCAGACUCAGUACCUGUAGACCACUACCCACCAGCUCCCUUCACAUCUGUGGUUUCAGUGCUACAGUCGAUAUUGUCCACAGAGGCCUGCAAAACAGGAAUGCCCACUGUUUCACAACUCUUACAAACACCACUGUUUAGUGACACGCUGUUGUUUAAUUCUGAGAAGUCCCAGUUCAAGAUCCCAACCAAAUUAAAGGACGCCAUGAAAUCUUCCAAAGAGUGUUUGGAAAAGCGUCUUCAAGAAGAACAAAGAACGAUUCACCAGCACAGGAGACUGACCAGAGCUCAGUCCCACCAUGGAUCUGAGGAGGAGAAGAAGAGAAGAAAGAUCCUGGCAAGAAAGAAAUCUAGACAGUCAGCUUAUGAGAAUGAUGAGGAUCUGUCUGUCAAAUACAACAAUAACUCUGGUUCAGGAGCCAGCUCCCCACCCACCUGCCCGUCAUCCCCUACUCCUCUGCCCACAUCAGUAGAGCAUGCACCAUUUUGAACAUGUGUGGGGUAAAGUAACUCAAUACUAAUUUCUCACCAGUUUAAAGUUGCACCAUACCCUGCCUCAGAAGCAACUCUCUGUUACACAACAUCACAUCUCCAGUUUGGCUGAUUCACACAGGAACACUUGUUUUAGACUGAAUUGAAAACAUUCAAGGCCUUUCUCUUACUUAUCAGGAUAAUUGUAUACGUGUUAUUUAACAAACAUUCCACCAUACUUUUCUGCUGAGAAGGGUUAAUGCAACUUUAAGACUUCACAAUCUGCAAUGGGCUUGCUUUAGGUACACCAUUAAACAAGGUCACCUUUCCCCUCUAUUUUACGUCACAAUAGUCGUUGGCGUAAAAUAAAAUCUUCUCUGAAGUCCAUGAAUUGACACUUUGUGUUGUGGAUUGUGAGCCCAUUAGCUGUGCUUGUUUUUAAGCAUUUUGAAAAACUGAUGUCUUUUUUUCACGAGUAUUGAUAUUGUGUAAGUGGUUAACUGCCACCAUGUCAUCUGUGCAAAUGCGAUACGAGGUACCUAAUGUCGACAGGGAAUAGUUUGGGGAAGCAUUCUUUCAUUUGCAAACAGUGAGAUCAUUGUGGGUGACAUUUAAACAUUUCGACUCAUUCAUUUAAAAUUCUAAUUUCUUCAAAUGCUGUGGUUAUACUGGUGUUUUGAGACAGCUGUUACAUUUGUGAGAAAACACUGAAUUUGCAGAGAGCAGUGCAUACUCACAGUCUGCUCCUGAGGAGGAAUUUAUGGGGAGAUGGGCAAAGGUCCAACAAUAUUAUGGCCAUCCACAGAACUAGCCUUUAUGGCUACAUAGCAAGAAAAAUGGGAUCGCAAAGAUAUGAAUUUUCAAAACCAGCCCAGACCUGCAGCAUACUGGCUAAUGUUGAUAUCCAUAUUGUAUAAAGUAUGGAAUUCUUUGAAAGAUAUUUCCCCAACUGCUAAUUUGGUAUCUCAUGGUUUCCUUCUGACUCCAGCAUUGAAAGGUUUUGUUUUUCUUAUUGAGGUAAGGCAGGUGGGGAUAUUUUUCAAAGAUUACUGCCAUUAAAUGUGAAUACUUCUGUUUGUUUCUGAUUUUUUCAGAAACUUCUACAAUAUUUAGUGUCAGAUGAUGUACCUGAGAUGAUUGUUUGAAUUUUAGUUUACUGAUGGCAAGGAUCCUGGACAAGGAUGAAGACUAUUCCUGGACAAAUUUGCAGUUUGAAUGAAUAAUAUCUUUUCAAAAUGCAAUUAAGUUCAGUACAAGGAUACUCCUUGACCAAAUAGCACUAAAUCUUAAAUCUCUGAUUUUGUGCUGGCAUAGAAAAUGUGAGAAAUCAUUGCUCUGUGUAGCUGUCUUGCCUCUUGAAACUCUAUAAUUCAUUUUGGAACUUUUUGACCCCACUGGCCAUUUUGGAAAUAGCCUGGUUUUUGGCCAAUGGUAAGGAAGUAGUAGUUCAAAUUGCCACAUCUCACUUACAUCUUGUGACAUACAGCUCACCUCACUGGCUUUGAAAAUUCAGCUUCUUUUCUGUCCUAAAAGAUACCAAGCACCAUUCACCACCACGACAAAAAAAAUCUCUUGCCCAUGCAUGUCCCAGGGAAGUACUUUGUGCCAUAGAGAAAAGUUUUCUGGAUGACUAAUAUGAUCUCAGUCAUGCAUCUGCAAGUUAAGUUUUGGCACGUUUACAUACUGUGGCUGUGGGUUCAAGGGAACGCAGUUGGCUGUGUCCUCUUGAGGGUAUGUUGGCCAGGGUCACUCUCCCUUAAGCUACACAGUAGUAGUCACUUAUAGUUAGGAAUUUGUGUAAUUGUGGGCAUAGUUAAGCGUAUGGUAUUCUUGUCAAAGCAUGUCGGGCUGCUUGACAAUACCACAAAAUUCAUAUUGUGAAAAAGUGUACUGGCUGGCCUUACACAUAUAUCGGAGGAUAUGUGUGCUGGUCUCUCACUGCUGCUGAGAUAACUGCAAUGCAAGAGUGAGAGCUAGAAGGUUAUUGGUAAUCGGUAGAAAAGAGAGGAAAUCGUUACAAAACGAUUCCCAUAUUCAUCCAUCUUAAAUAUUUUGCCUCUAAGCCAAUUAACAAUACAUUUCAGUUGAUAAUAUUUUUUACUUAUGAUUGUAGUUACAAUUUUCUGUGGGUUAUUGUCAGGGUUAUUUACACAUCAGUUAAGUUACCCUCUUAGUUAUAUCCAUUACCUCGCUUUGUUUAUUAUGUUGAUGCACUGCAUUUACCUCACAUGCUUUACUAUGACUGCUUAUUUGUGCAAAAUGUGCGCAUAUAUGUGUAUCUUGAUAAAUUGUCCCAGUUAUGCUAAUUUUUGUUUCUUUGUUAUAAUAGGAGUCCCAACAGCACCUCCUCCUCCUGCUCCUCCUCCACCCCCUCCUCCUCCUCCAGGAAGUGAUCCAGGACCCCCAUCUCUCA